AUGUCUGGGUCCCUGCCCUCCCUUCCGCGCUCGCCUGCCCCACCGUGCCUUCCCUGCGUCGAGGAGCGGCAGCGCGCCGCUCCUCACUCCUCCCUGUUUCCUCCGACCACUACUCCUUUGCAGACUCUCCACAUGGACCUUUGGGGCCCAGCCCACAUCGGUGGAACGGACCAAGGGCGCUACUUCCUGCUGGUUGUUGACGACUACACACGUUACACCACUGUCUUCCCUUUGCGGCGCAAGGCGGACAUCAGCGGUGUUUUGAUCCCCUGGAUCCGUGCUACUCGUCGCCAGCUGCGCGAGCGGUUCAGUCAGGACUUCCUAGUCUUGUGUCUGCACUCUGACAGGGGCGGUGAGUUCUCUUCUGACCUCCUUGCGGAGUUCUGUUGA